GACGAUUUUUCGAUCGCGUUCUCCUCCACGCUAUCUUCGACUUCUUUUCCUUGUCAUCCUACAACGGCCAGAGGAGGGCUGCCGGCCGGCUCGUCAGCGUGGACGACCUUUCUUUUUCUCGCUGGCAAUCUUACUAUCUCAUUUUUUUCUCCCUUAGAAUCUGUCUUAAUCCCAUUUCGCAUAUUUUAAUGCUCCAGUUAUCGUUCUGUCUUUUUUGCUUGCAUACUGCGAAAAGUUUUCCAUUCUAUCUCUUCUCUCUAUUCAUCCUGUCCUCACGUCUCCCGUUUAUUACUUUAUAAUUUCAAUCGCAGUUGCUUCAGCGUUGUUCCUGAAUCAUGUUGUCCCGAGUCGCUCGUCAAAAAACUGCCUUGCCUCACCCCCGGCUGUUGAAUAGCUGCCGGUUGUCGCCAACGAAGGCAACAUUGCGGUUUCAUUCAAGCCGACCGAAUCCCCUAACGAAUGCACCAACUACGAUAUCCCAGGAGCGUUCUCGCCUCUCAUCCUUACAGUCGAAUCGGAACCUCGCCACUUCUGCAGAUCAGUCGGCGCUGGAACAAGGGCUGUACCCCGAGACACAAUAUGACCGGGUGGCUUCUCUGUUUCCACCCAUCACGACAGGGUUUGACCCGUCGUCUCUAAUCAUUAUUAAUGACGCCCCGCAGACACAGCCACGAUCGCUUAGAUUUAUCAAAGGCAUCGGUGGUGAUGAGGAGGAGAUGAUGGCAAAUCUGGACAUUUCUUUAAAGGUCUUUCAGUUUGACCGCGCUGCUAGCCUGAUCAACCGACUCAGCGAGUUCCAUCCCGUCGGGUCGAAUGCGCGUCUUGCCUUACACAAUCGCUAUCUGCAAGCGAUGGUGUCGCACAUGAUCGUGACGCGGCAACACAGCAUGAUCUUACCUCUGCAGAGAUGGUUUGAAGUGGAUAUGCCUAACGGGGGUUCUCAGCCAAAUGCCACCACUUACGCGGUGAUGUUGCGCAUGGCUUUGCGUAUGUUGCACAGCGGGAAACGUGACAGAACAGUGCGAAGAUACUGGGAAUUUGCGAAGACGGCAGGUGUUGAGGAGGAAGUUCUUGCCGUUCCCGUCCUCUCGGAAUUGGAUCUGGGUGAACUGUCGGAGAUAUGCUCUUCGGAUCUUCAACGAGUUGCAAUCGGUAGUAUGGAUGUUGAGCAGGAUGAUUUAAUACCUUUGGCACCGGAUGCGCCAGCCGAAGUCAGACCCGUCGAUCAGAAAGGUCUAGGUCUCUCUACUCUGAAGGAUUCGCUCUCUACGCUCUCAGGUUCUUCCGGAAUCACUAUGCCGGAGAACACCACAUACACACCGGAACAGAACCAGGAACUGCAUACCCAACUUCGACAGCGACAACUUGAGACUGAUUCCAUCAGAGUGUCCCUAGAACGCUGGCGCCACGAGUUCGAUCAAAUGCAAAAGUCAGGCAUCGACACCACAACUGGAAAUAAACGAUUCGGUCCCAUCAUGAGCCAGUGGCACUCGGGGCUUGUCUCCAAAAUCAAAGAGGAGCUCGAGCUGGUAGACGAAUUGCAAAAAAAGCCUUCACGGACGUUUGAUGACAAGCAACGCCAAGAUUAUGGGGUCUAUCUCCGGAGCCUUGAACCGGAGAAACUCGCAGCGAUUACUCUUCUUUCUGUGAUAUCCACUUUCACUCGCGGAGGCAUGGAAAAGGGCAUGAAGGUGGCCGCAGUGGUUACGACGAUCGGAAAAGAAUUGCAGGACGAAUUGAUGGCCCAGGAAGCACUUCGCAAGGUACCUGACGCAGAGACUCGGCGGAUUAAGACCAUGAAGGAUAUCUUAUCGAACCGGAAAACGAAGGAUGGCCGGUCACGGUGGCACGGUCUCGUCAAAAGCCUGCAUAAAGAUGAUUCAAUGAGUUUCUGGUCGUCGAGAGUGAGGGCUAGAGUUGGCGCGCUUCUGAUGAGUCUACUCUUUGAUGCUGCUAAAGUUCCCGCGUCGAUGGAAGACCCAGAUACGAAGCAGAAGGAGACUAUUAUGCAGCCCGCAUUCCAGCACUCCUACGAGAUCAGUUGGGGACGGCGUCAGGGCUACAUUCAUCUCAACCCAGAGGUCGUGAAACUUAUUGCCAAAGAACCCCCUGCCGAUGUUUUGGGUCGCCACCUUCCUAUGCUUUGCAAACCAAAGCCCUGGAAGGAAUAUAAAGACGGCGGUUAUUUCAUGUACAAGAACUCCAUUGUGCGCACGACGCCUGGUGAAUCACUGCAGCCAUCUUAUAUAGUCGCCGCGCUGCAAAACAACGGGCUUGAACAGGUGCGUUCGAGCCUGGAUAUCCUUGGAAACACAGGGUGGACGAUCAACGGCGAUGUGUUCAAUGUCAUGCUUGAGGCUUGGAACUCGGGCGAAGCAAUCGCCAACCUUGCUCCCCUGCAUCCUGAUCUGCCUCACCCUCCCAGACCUCAUCCCGACGAAGGACACGAGGCCGUCAGGAAAUGGCAGACUGUCAUGCGCGAUAUCGAGAACCGCCGAUCUGGAAUGCAUUCGAACCGUUGCUUCCAAAAUUUCCAACUGGAAGUUGCCCGAGCUUACCUAAACGAGACCUUUUAUCUUCCCCACAACAUGGAUUUCCGAGGCCGUGCUUACCCACUGCCGGUGUAUCUGAACCAGAUGGGUGCAGAUAAUGCGAGAGGUCUACUUCUAUUCAGUGAGGCCAAGCCCCUUGGUGCCGGUGGGAUGAGGUGGUUGAAAAUCCAAAUCGCAAAUCUGGCCGGGUUUGAUAAAGCCAGUCUUUCGGAAAGGGAGCAAUUUGCCACGGAUCAUCUGGACGACAUUUUGGAUUCCGCUAACCAGGGCUUGCAUGGCAAGCGCUGGUGGCUUCAAGCGGAGGACCCCUGGCAAUGUUUGGCGGCGUGCUGUGAACUGAGAAACGCUCUCCAGCUUUCGGAUCCCACCGAGUAUUUGUCGCGCCUGCCGAUUCACCAGGAUGGUUCCUGCAACGGGUUACAACACUACGCAGCGCUGGGUGGCGACAAGGUCGGUGCCCAGCAGGUGAAUCUGGAACCCUCCGACCGUCCGUCCGACGUGUAUACUGGCGUCGCUGAAUUCGUCAAGGAAGCCGUUGCGGCCGAAGCCGCACAGGGGGAGCCAUCGGCCAAGCUUCUGCAUGGACGCGUCACCAGAAAGAUUGUCAAGCAGACUGUCAUGACGAACGUUUACGGCGUGACAUUUAUAGGGGCUAUGAAGCAAGUGCGCAGGCAACUUGUCGACCACUAUCCCGAUCUUUCCAUCGAGCAAGCGAAAGACGGAGCUUUGUACAUCGCUCGCAAGAUCUUUGAGGCCCUGGGAACCAUGUUCAACGGAGCGCACGAGAUCCAGUAUUGGCUGGGCGAUUGUGCCAGCCGUAUCACCCAGUCCAUCAGUCCCGAACAAGUCGACGAAAUUGCGAUGGAGGCGUUGACGCCCCAAUCCGAGUCCGAUUCCAAGAAACCGAAAAAGAAGGGGUCUGACCCCGCCGAACAGUUCCGGACCACCGUUAUUUGGACGACUCCCUUGGGGUUGCCUGUCGUUCAGCCGUAUCGUACCCGCAAAGCCCGACGUAUUCCUACCAGUCUGCAGGACCUGAGCAUCGUCGACGCGACUUCGGCGGCGACAGUUUCGAAGCGCAAGCAGCUUCAAGCGUUUCCCCCUAAUUUCAUUCACUCCCUUGACGCCACUCAUAUGAUGAUGUCUGCUACCGCAUGCUACCGAGCCGGUCUUACCUUCUCGGCAGUCCACGAUUCCUUCUGGACCCAUGCCUCGGACGUUGACAAGAUGAACGAGAUUCUCCGUGAGGCUUUUGUUCGCAUGCAUUCCGACGACGUGGUGAAGAGACUCGCCGCGGAGUUUGAAGUCCGAUACGGGCAGAACCUGUUCCUUGCCAAGGUCAAAUCGAACACCACCCUCGGGAAAGCUAUCCGGACCUAUCGACGGCACAAAAGAACCUCUAAGACCCAGGAACUGUUGGCCGAGAGCAAGAGACAGAAGCUCCUCAAAUCCGACGACCCGGACCUCCAGGCCCAGGGUCGCCAGAUGAUCACGCCGGCCAGCAUUUUCGAGCAAUUAGGGGCCACCGACAAGGAUUUGAACAUCGCCAGCUCGCUUGGCGAAGCCGUCGUCGGACACGUGCCGGAAGACUUGGAGGCGGCCGAGCGGAGAACUUGGGGAAUGGAUGCAGACGUCUCUGAUCCAGCGAUCGCGAGUCUGACGGGUGGCCUCGAUAGCUUCGUUGACCUUCAGAAGGACACCGCUGGCGAAGACGAGACAGACGGCGCAGGGGAAGAGGAGCCGAAGAGGAGGGGGACGUACCACGGCAUCUGGUUCUGGCUUCCUCUGCGGUUCCGCGAGGUCCCCGAGCGAGGAACCUGGGAUCUGACGCGGAUCCGCAACAGCAAGUACUUCUUUUCUUAACGGGUGAUUCAUCCGACCGGGUUUACGAACGCAUUGGGUUGGCGUUGGCUGGAUUUGAUGCACCGGUUUCCCUCAGAAUCAAAAUGACCAGGGGGGAAGAUCUUCCCUGGCACUUUAUCCGAGCUGGACCGUGCUUGUUGUGAUAUUUCCCUUGUAUACUGGACACUUGUACAUUACGUUGUUUGUUGGGAUGGAUUUUAUGGAAAAGCGAAACGAGGCCAAAGAAAGGCUCUCAUCGAAGCCAAGAGGGGUGUAUAUAUUGACAGCAAGUAUAUAGCGAUGGGAGCUUGUAAAUAAUAAUGUGACCACUACUUCUAC